UUUUUCACGUUUAAGUUUAAUCAUAAAUAAAGUACGAAUGAAGUAUCUAAUAGAAUAACAAAUUUUGAAAUUAACGCACGCAUCGCCUGCAUAUGAAGAUUAGUUUUGGUUAUUGUUAGAGUUGGCAUGGAUAGUCUUACUAUGCAUAAACGCAAACAAAAAGUCUACUUAUAAACGAUUAUGAAGAAGACAACGGAAAAAACCACUAUUUCAAGCUGAGACCUUUCAUUUCCCGCCCAAAGUUGUUACUAACAGUGUCCAUAAAACAUCACCCAUUUCAAUCUUUUCAUCACUUAAGUAUUUCAUUCUCAUAUUCAACAUUUCAUCCCACAUUCACUGAAGAACAUAUACCAACUUUCUUCAACUUCAAACAAAACACAACACAACACAACAAUUACACAGCCAAAAAAAAAAAAAAAAACUCAGCUCAUUCUUUAGAACAAAAAGCAGGAACUGGAAGAAUCAAUCAAAAUCAUCAAUGGCAAGAUCAAGAAUCGCUAAUUCAAAAUUUAACCCAUCUAUAUUUUCUUACUUACUUUCUCUCACCCCGUUUUCUUUUCUUGUUUCUUCUCCGAAAAAAUCUCAAAGAGCCAAGAAAUUCUUACUUCCUACUACUUCUCUCCCUCUCCUCUUCUUCUCUCUCCUCUGUUUCUUCGUUUUCUCUGUAAUUCUAAUCCUCAGUACAGUCAACAUCACCCAGAAUUCUGAUCUUUGCUCUGUUUUCACCCCUGUUUCAUCUCAUUUGUCGUCGUCGCCAUCAUCAUCUUCUUCGUCUUCCCGGAUGCUUCUUGCUUCUCUCGCCGCCAUUUUCUCUGACGAUGGCGAUGAAGGUAAGCCCAGAUUAUCUGUAAGUGAGAUGGUUCCGCUUCCGGCUCACGGGAUUUCUGGAAAUUUGAGUAAAGAGGAGAGCCAGUUCUGGAAACAGCCAAAUAAUAAAGGGUAUCAGCCUUGCUUGGAUUUCGGCAUUGAUUAUCGGAGAGAAUCUCCGGUGAUUUCUAGUGAGAGAAGGAGGUUUUUGGUUGUUGUUGCUUCUGGUGGGUUGAAUCAGCAGCGUAAUCAGAUUAUUGAUGCUGUUGUUAUUGCUCGAAUCCUCAAAGCUGCUCUUAUUAUCCCUAUUUUGAAGGUUAAUUUCAUCUGGGGUGAUGAAAGUGAAUUUUCUGACAUUUUUGAUGUUGAACACUUCAAGAAGACCUUACAAGCUGAUGUGCGCAUUGUCUCCUCUCUUCCCUUUAGACAUUUGGUCUCAAGACAGUCUGUUGAGACUCAAAUUCCAUUUGAUGUAUCCCCACUUUGGAUUCGCACCCGCUUUUCAAAACAGUUAAAUGAAGAGGGUGUACUGGUUCUUAAAGGGUUAGAUUCUAAACUCUCUAAGAAUCUGCCCUCUGAUCUUCAGAAGUUGCGUUGUAAGGUAGCAUUCCAUGCUUUGCGGUUUGCAGCUCCGGUUAGGGAGCUUGGAAACAGAUUAGCUAGGCGAAUGUGGAUUGAAGGCCCGUAUAUUGCCAUCCAUCUCCGGGUAGAGAAGGAUGUUUGGAUUAGAACUGGCUGCCAAACCGGACUUGGGGCUCAAUAUGAUUGGAAGAUCAGUGAAGAACGGAGCAUCAGACCUGAGUACCUCACUGGAAGGCUCAACAUGAGCUAUCCUCAGCGCCGCCUUGCUGGCCUGUGCCCCUUAAAUGCUUUUGAAGUGGCCAGGCUUCUUAAGGCGCUGGGGGCGCCAAGAGAUGCAAGAGUAUAUGUAGCUGGAGGUAAGCCAUAUGGUGGCUCGAUGGCUUUAAAACCACUUAUUCAGGAGUUCCCAAAUGUAAUGACCAAAGAUAGUUUGGCAAGAGAAGGGGAGUUGUUACAAUUUGCCAACAGAUCAUCGGCUUUAGCAGCCAUCGACUAUAUUGUCGCCCUCAGCAGUGAUGUCUUCUUGCCAUCACACGGGGGUAACAUGGGCCGAGCUAUGCAGGGUCAUAGAGCUUAUUCCGGCCACAGGAAAUAUAUAAAGCCUAACAAAAGAAUGAUGCUUCCAUUCUUUGAGGAUCAGUCGAUAUCUGAGGCCGAAUUUGGAGGUAUCAUAAGGAAACUGCAUGAGAAGUCUCAGGGGCAGCCAGAGCUUAGGACUGGAAAGAGAGACAGAGAUGUGAUUGCUUAUCCGGUGCCUGAAUGUAUGUGUAAAUCUAGGACGAGAUAAUCAAGACAUAGUUGAAUUAAGCAAAAUGUUGUCAUAUCCAAUAUUCAUGUUACUUUCAUCUAUGUGG